AUGUUGAAGAAAAAACGGUAUCGCAAUAGUGACAUGUUAAGUAGCAAAUUGAGUCAAAUAACAAAGCGGUGCAACAAAUUCAACGGUAUUUACAAUCGACUCGAGGCGCAACAGCAAAGUGGAACCAACGACUUCGAUUUGUUAAAAUCUGCAAAAGAACAAUAUUGGGUCGAAAUAGGACAUGAAUUCGAGUUUGAGAAAUCAUGGGAGUUGUUGAGAGCGGAUCCAAAGUGGAAUAAAACUCCUACAUUGUCGGAGGUUCAAUCUGAAAGGUCACGCAAUUUGAGCUCGAUCGACGUGUCGGACGCACAGACUCACAUCGACCUAAAUGCCGACACCGAUGACAUCCCAGAUGAUAUCGAGGAGAUAUCCCCACCACGACGAUCGCUCGUACGCGACAAAGCGAGGCAUGCUACAAGGCAUGCGAAGGAAGUCGAGGCAAAAGCAAAAGAUGCGGCGGAAAUGAGAGCGAAAUUCGAUGAGCACAAUUUAUUAAUAAAAGAAAAAAAAGACUUGAAACGUCGUCACUUGGAGUUCCUAGAAAGGCAAGCACGGGAGAAAUAUGAGCAUAAAGAGAGAGAACUAACGACACAUACGUUGUCAAUUCUUCGGACUAGUAAGGAGGGUUUGGCCUGA